AUGGAAAAACAAUCAGACAGUCAAGUCGAUUGUUUAGAAAAACAAUUGGAAGAUCUUUCAAAAUUAAUGACAGCUUUCGAUUUAGGAAAAAACCAUGAAAAUUCUGAUGAUAAUACUUCAGAAAAAAAUGAUUUGGUUUAUGGUUUUUCAUCCGAUGAUGAAUACGAGGAACCACCUCAAGAAAAUCCUUUUAAUGUCAAAAUCGAGGAAGAACCAGAAUCUUCUUCUCGUUUUAAAAGAAAAAAGACUACUGAAGGUCUUGAAAAAGAAUUUUACAGACAAAAGUUUGAAAAAAUUCCAUCUCAAUUUAUUCCAGAACAUCGUUUUAGCAGUAUUCCAGAAAUAUUAGAUAUAGACUGUGUCAAUGACCCGUCUUCUUUAAUUAGAGACUGGUAUAAUAUCAAUUCUACUCUUAUCCAGUUAAAUGAUAAAAAAUUCUGUCAAAUAAGAUUAACUCUGGAGAGUCUUCUAUUUUUCAAAACAAUAGAGCAGUCUCUCGAUGAGAGGGGGGAGAUUGAAGAAACAAUAAAAAGCUUGGAAAAGUUAGCCAAAUCAAGCAAAAGCUGGGCUGAUCAAGUCGAGGAAGAAGAUGAACUUGAAGCCCAACAAACUCAACAUGAGAUACAGGCCCAGGCCCAAUCUCAAAACACUCUACCCGAGUCUAAAGGGAUGGCUUCACAGCCUUUGGGAAAGAACCUCCCGCUAAAAUUAGAAACGGUUCAAACAGAGGAUUCACCCUCUAUUUCAAAAGACAAGGCCCAAAAAGCCCAAGACCCAAUUGACCAACAGAUAGACAACUCAAAAAAGGCCUAUGUUAUUUUUGACGGCCCAAUGAAAGGAGUCUAUCAAAAUUGGAGUAUCGCAAAACUCCAUAUAAUUGGAAAGCCUGUUAGGCACAAAAGCUAUCCGUCCAUAGAAGAAGCCAAAGAAGCCUACCAGAAGGUUUACAAAACAAUUUCCACGGAGGAUGGAAUUACAUCAAAUAAGGAAAUGGGAUACUCAAGGAGAUUCUCAUCCUUAGAAAAAAUACAAGAAAAACUCAAAGGAACAAGUUCAGAACCAAACGAGUCCGAGUUCUACCGUAAUUGGAGAUGGGUAACAGAAUACUCUGAAGAAAUCUCUAAAGAGUGUUUCUAUCCCAUAGUCAACAACACAGGGGCAAAAGCCGUGUUCCUACCCGGAGCAAAUCCAGCAAUACUAAGUUCGUUCUUUAACAACGGACUUAUCACAACAAUAUACCUCCAAGAGGACCCAAGCAAAUCCUAUGAUGAAAUUUCUCAAUUACCAUCAGGAAUUCGUAAAAUGGCUCAACAAUUUAAUAAAUUGUUCGCUAAAGGUAAAGAGAUCUAUCUAAAAGUCCAGAGCACAUAUCCAAUGUUCGAGGACGAUAAAAUAAUCAAGCCUAAACACUUGGUUAAAAUAGGGAUGGCAAAUGGACUUUACCCAGAAAUCCAACAGAAAAACAUAAAGUUUUCUUUAAACUAUUUUGUAGAACAAAUUAAUCAGUUUUACAAUUAUAGUCGACAAUUUGGAACUACACAAGCCGGUUUCAAGAUCUUGGCCGAAGAAGAAGGAUUAAUAGUGUUCUCUCACACUAACAAAAAGGCAACAGAACACACCAUCGAAAAAAUGGUAAAAUUUGAAGAAGAUCUAAUCACCCUCACAGGAAAUUUUUCCAAAAUACCAGAAGAAGUCAAAAGGAUAAUAUGCAACCAGCUUCAAAGGUAUAAAUCACACAAAUGCCAGCUGUGCCCAGAAGACUUUCCACCAUUAAAAGAAGAAGAGAAAGAGACAUCUGAAGAAAUGGAUGACCUCCUCAACACACCCGACAGCAACUAA